CGAAAAUAAACAUCCCCGUCUAUUUAACAUUUUUAUCUAUCAGGUUUUAUCAUACAAAAUUGUCAUCUCCUUUUUGGUCUUUAUUCUCAUUCUAUUUAUUGGUGGAUUUUCAUUGCUAAAGAUUGUACAAUUGAAUAACGAAUACGAUCACUACUUACUGGCCAAAAUGAGAAAUAACAGUCUUAACAAGGAGGCGAUUGAAAGUAUCUCUGAUGCGGCAGUACUUAAAGCUCGAAUUGCAAUCAUAGAUGGAACGCUGGUAAUCGUGACAUUAAUCGUGAUUUUGUUUGCUGUUCUUCUAUUUUUUCUUCACAAAUGGUUUAAAAACGUUAAUUCAAAAGUUACGCAAACGACUAAUCCUAUUGUGAUAAAUCAACAUUUUCGAAAUAAUAGUCCCCAACAAAACAUUGACUCCAGCCAAAUCAGGAAUGAAGGAGAUGGAGGUAUUCAAGAAGUUGUAGUUCAAUCAUCCAAGAAGAUUGACCCCAAAGUUACAGAUCAAAGUAUGACAACUCAGGGUUCUCAAGAUAGUAAUAAAAACGAGCAAAACAUUUCCUCUUCUAGUCAGAUUGGGACUAAUGAAGAUCAGAUGAAAAUGUUAGAAGAAGGUGUCCAGUUUAAGAAAUCCAUUCAACUGGAGACGAUUCAGAUUGAAGCUAAGGCGGAUUAA